CUGCAGUCGCGAGCAAGAGAGCGACGUGUUCCCUCAGCGGGAGCAUCAGGUAGCUCCAUAUACGGAUUAAGGGAGGCAUCUCGCAGCCCCCUCUGGCUCUGGAUCGGCUAGGGCGCACGGAGGGGGGCAGUGCCAUGCUCACUCCUGACAAUGCGCCGCUCCUGAGCGAACCCAACCGGUCCCUGGUCCUCAGUCCCGCUGAUGAACUCGUGAUGGGGACCUGCGGGAACGCCACGGACCACCGCAACGGCUCCGACCCGUUCGCGAGGAACGAGGCGGUCGCCCAGAUCGAGAUCAUGGUCCUGAGCGUCACCUUUGUGGUGGCGGUGGUCGGAAACGUCAGCGUCCUGCUGGCCAUGUACAACACCAAGAAGAAGAUGUCGCGCAUGCACCUCUUCAUCAAACACCUCAGCCUGGCCGACCUGGUGGUCGCCUUCUUCCAGGUUCUGCCCCAACUCUGCUGGGAGAUCACCUUCCGCUUCUACGGCCCGGACUUCCUGUGCCGGAUAGUGAAGCACCUCCAGGUGAUGGGCAUGUUCGCCUCCACCUACAUGAUGGUGAUGAUGACCCUGGACCGCUACAUCGCCAUCUGCCACCCGCUGAAGACCCUCCAGCAGCCAACCAAGCGCUCCCACAUCAUGAUCGUGUCCACGUGGAUGUGCAGCCUGGUGCUCAGCACCCCGCAGUACUUCAUCUUCUCCCUGAGCGAGAUCAAGAACGGUUCGGACGUGUACGACUGCUGGGCGCACUUCAUCCAGCCCUGGGGCGCCAGGGCCUACAUCACCUGGAUCACCGUGGGCAUCUUCCUGGUCCCCGUGGUCAUCCUGAUGAUGUGUUACGGCUUCAUCUGCCACAGCAUUUGGAAAAACAUCAAGUACAAGAAGAGGAAAACCACGGCCGGAGCCGCCGGCAAGAAUGGGCUGAUCGGGAAGAGCUCCGUCAGCAGCGUCACCACCAUCUCCAGAGCCAAGCUGAGGACGGUCAAGAUGACUUUCGUCAUAGUUUUGGCCUACAUCGUCUGCUGGGCGCCGUUCUUCACCGUGCAGAUGUGGUCGGUCUGGGAUGAAAACUUCCAGUGGGAUGAUUCUGAGAACACAGCGGUGACUCUGUCUGCGCUCCUUGCCAGUCUCAACAGCUGCUGCAACCCCUGGAUAUACAUGAUCUUCAGCGGUCACCUCCUCCAGGAUUUCGUGCACUGCUUCUCCUGCUGCCACAAGAUGAGCGCCGACUACAAGAAAGAGGACUCGGACAGCAGCAUCCGCAGGACCACGCUGCUGACCAAGAUGACCAAUCGCAGCCCGACGGGCAGCACCGGCAACUGGAGAGAGCUGGACAAUUCCCCCAAGACCUCGGCUCACACAGAGUGAGCAGGCAGUCGGGACAUCGAGAUACGUGUCGGAAAUGCCUGGUCGGGGGUAAAAUAACCCUAAAUUUAAGAAGCUUCUUUUCGUGGAGCACGAAGCUCACUGAGGAGACCAAAAAUCGAAAGAAAAUGGAGAGCUUUUCACCUGGAUUCUAUGUCAAUAUAUGAUCUUUAUCACCCUAAAUACAAAAAAUAUUGAGAAAAAACGUUGUCAAAGAGGGUCAAGGUGCAAAAUUUGGUUUCAAAACGACAUUUUUCUCCAAACCCUGUCAAUAUUCUUAUAAAUUCAAGCAUUAGAAAGCUUCAAGUUAUCAUAUCCAGACACCUCCAGAGGAGAUUCCAGGAUUCCUGACAGUUUUACUGUUGUUUGUGUCUCCAUGCAGUGCCGCCAAACACCCUUUCCUGUUUGAGUGUUUACAAAGAUAAAACUCCCUGUGCUCGCUGGUAGAAAUGACUCUUCCAGACGGCUUGUCACUAAGUAACUGAGGCAGGCACCUCAUCCCCUGUGUUUGUAUUUCCAUUUUGGGGGUUUUGUCUUUCCCCUUGUGGAUGGAAGGACGUGAACACGCUGAUUAUCAGAAAAAAAAAGGGACGAAAAAUCACGAUAAAUGUGAGGUUUGGCGUGCAUAUGGACUUUUUUAAAAAGCCGUUUCAUGUUGCAGUCGGCAGUCCUUUUGUCUAGCUCCCCGAACUUUGGCUUUUAACUUCUGCUCAGGAGUGCACGUACACACUCGCGAUUGGGGGUGAGGGGGGGGGCGCUCUGAUGAGGUGAGACCGGCCACUGCUGGAUGAGUCCACACACCUUUACACAGGCCGUUCCCAUGGCAGAAUGUUGGAGAGAAAGCUCGCACAUUCCACACAAUACACGUCAGCACUGUUCCUUUUAUUCUCUCUUUUUUUUUUUUUUUUCUUCUGACAUCCUGCGCCAUUGGGGGCUUUGUGUUUUGGCUUCAUUUGCACUCAAGAUGAAAAUCGUUUCCUGCACGUUAAUGUGAUGGGAAGCACUAUAAUGGUUGUCAGACCACAACAAAAAGCCCCAAAAGGACAUGUAUAUUGUAACAAAACUCUAUUCAUUUGGUAUUAUGUCUGUACAUGUAGGUGCACUGCGAUGUAUGAAUGUUUGUAUCAUAAUGUAAAGUAUUUGUACAUAAAAGGCACUUAAAUAUAUGUUAAAAAAAAAAAAAAACGGAAGGAAUAAUAUAUGUAUAUCUCUGUUCAAGUUCUAUCUGUUUGCAAAUGUUUGUGCUCGUUGGAAAAAAAAAAACAACUAAAAAUGCCCUGAAUCUGUCAAAAUAUACACAGUGAUGUUCUGAAUACUGAUGACUUUGUUUGUGAUUUCCUUGCAAUCGCUGCACAGCCGCAGAAACGUAUGGCCGUGAUUCUUUUGGGAAAUUGAGCAAUUUUUGAAUUUAUAUCUCAAGCCAAUCUAAGCACUGAAAGCUGGCCAGACGCUGGGAUUACACAACUUAUCAAUUCAGAAUAGUGCAAGUCCAAAAGCUCUGUUAUAAAACAGGCUUCUUUUUUUCUUUUUUUUUGCAAGCUGACAACAAUUAAACAAUACCCUAUAACAGCAGAUUCCUUAAUGGCUCAAAUGGGAUUGAUGGUAUAUUGCUUAGUCAUAAAAAUAAUAAAUCAUAAGGGUGCAUUAAGAAGCCAGUUUUCCCAUAUUGACUAAGAAAAAUCCUUUUGCUUUUAGCUUAGUUUGCUGGAUCCAGUUUUCAGAGAUCAAUGACAAUUUAUCAGUUACUGCAGAACUGUUGGAGAGGGUUGACAUUUCCUAGUUUAAGUUAUGAUUUUUCCUAUUUUUUGAUUAAAGGAGAUCGUUGCUCACUGCUUUUGGACAGAUGUGGCCAUUAGUAGAACAAAAUGGUGAUCCGCCCUGUGAUACUACAGUUAGCAUCUGCUUAGCUUAGCGGUUCAAAGCAUGGAGAAAUAGUUAUCUCUCAAAUGUAUAUUGUUUAAAAGCAACUCCACUUGUCGUUUAACCUCUGCUGAUUUCUUAGCUUUGCACAACUCUUGAAGUUUAAACACAUGAACUUGUGGUUUACAGAAUUUGGUUGUGGAGCAGUGAUUCUCAGCGUUAUUUUCUCAGUUCUUGUAAGCUCACAGAUGACGCAUAAAGAAGACAAUUUGUCAUCUGGGCCUAAUUUAAGGGUAGGAUAAGCUCAGGCUAAGGCUAGGCUUGUCAUUUCCAGGACUGGAUUUAAACAGUAAAAUUUCAGUUAAACAGCUUUUUUUCCGUGUUUGUGUUUUUUUGCUGUUCAGAUUUGUUGCUUUAUUGUCUUAGACUGGUCCAAAGGAAAUUUAAGUGGCUAUUUUGAAUCACUUUUGGAAAACUAUACAUUG